GUCCAUGUUCCUGCUGGAAUUCACAUUCGAAACUCAGAUCCUUGGAACGGCUUACGUAUCAGCAAGUCACCAUGGAAGGUCUGGGAGGUCUAGGGUUUAGCAGCAUGAGCAGUGGAGCGAGGAAGAAGAGAAGUAACACUCUGCGUCGGCCUUGGAGUGAGCCACAGUUACAUGACGGUUCAUCCUUGUCAUCCACACCAACCUCUGAUAAUAAUGUGAAUAAGAUCGAAGAGAGGGAAAAUGUGGAAUCAGAUGAAGGUUCAACGAAUGGUUCUUUCCGAGGAAGUAACCAAGAUGGACCGGGUGGAGGGUUUAAUGUCCCGACGGGUAAUCACAAAGCCUCUAGUAACGGUUCAGAGCAGCAAGCUGGCAGUUGGGCGGAGAAUACGGUCAAGAAGGUUAAGCUCAAAGUUGGCGGUUUAACCAAAACUUUAGACGCUAAUUCUGCAUCAGGUGUUGUUUCAACGGAAUCUUCUCGUGUAUCUUCUGAUGCCUCGCAGCUACGGCAGAUGGGUCAGGACACAUUUGAAGAUCGAUCCACUAAGUUUAGAGGAAUUUCAUGGAACAGUGUAAGGAAAACGGAUUCAUCCAAUGUUAGAGCAUCCAGUGGUGGUAAUGAAAUCAACGUGUAUCAGCCAAUCCGUAAAAGCAAUCGGAUUUCUAAACGACGUGUUCUUGGUGAGGAGGAACUUGAUGGAACUGAGGACUACGACGAUGAAGAAAUUCGGUUCCUCAGAAGGGUGAAAAUGGCAAAGGUUCUUUCUUUGGAUGACGAUGAUGAUAAUGACGAUGAUGAAGAAGGAAGAAGCAAGAAACAUAAGAAGCUUUCUAAUGUGAUGAAACGAGAUGCCGAAGGUUUACCGGGCAAGCCAGGUAAGAGGAAUAAGACGGGAAGAUUAUCCGAUGAUAUUGAUUAUGUUGAGGACAAGGAAGAGGGAGACGAGGAAUUAGAAGCGGUUUCGGAUGUUGGACCGGGGAAUAAGAAGACGACUGUGACUACCCGACAACGUUCUGGAUUUAGCAGAAAUCUGAUCGAGUUUCCCGAUGGGCUGCCUCCUGCUCCGCCUAGAAGGCGAAAAGAGACACCACUGGAAGUUGAACAGCAACUGAAGAAAGCAGAGGCUGCUCAGAGACGGAAACUGCAAGUGGAAAAGGCGGCUAGAGAAUCCGAGGCUGAGGCAAUCAGGAAGAUAUUGGGGCAAGACUCUAGCAGAAAGAAGAGGGAAGACAAGAUCAAGAAACGCCAAGAAGAGAAGGCUAAGGAGAAGGCUGCAAAUGCGAUAGCCCGACAGUCGGAAACCGUGAAAUGGGUGAUGGGUCCUUCGGGAACCGUCAUAACUUUCCCGGACGAAGUGGGAUUGCCUUCUAUAUUCGAUUCCCGGCCUCACAGCUAUCCUCCGCCGAGGGAGAAGUGUGUUGGUCCAAGUUGUAAGAAUCCGUACAAAUACAGAGACUCGAAGUCGAAUCUCCCACUCUGCAGUCUGCAAUGCUACAAGUCUAUUAAAGGAUAAGGUCGGACACUCUCACUGCCUCUUUGAAGCUCUGAGGCAUUUGCUCUCUUGUGUUUGUGUAUAUACGAAGUGUUGAAUCCCAUAUGCGUAAGUAAAAUGCUUCUGCUUACAGAAAAAUUUGUGAUUGGUAAAGAGGUUAGAAGAACAUGACUGGAAGUCUGUAUGUAAUGGAAAUGGCUACAGUGCGAAUAAAUGGAAAUCAUAUGAAUUAUUUCU